UUGGCAUAGCUCACUGUCCUCCUGUUUCCUGGUUCACAGUACUGUCUCUUUUAUUUCUCUUGGACGGACUGGACAGGACAGACAAUUGAACGGUGGCUGAGGACUGAACUGUCUACAGGACCAGGGAGAGCUUUCUAAUAGACCUCUACAGCAAUAUAACCUCUACAGAUUGGAGACGAGACAUUUUUUAAUCAUGGUGGUUUUGAGGAAGGGUGAAUGGGUGUGGGUAGACUCCGGGCAGGGAGUGGCCAUCGGAGCUGUGGUCAAGCUGACCGACACUGGAAAGCUGCAGCUCUUCGAUGAUGAAGGAAAGGAGCAUGAGAUCAACAAGAAGAAAGAGGAUGGAUUCCGGCCCAUGCACCCUACGUCUGUUAACGGAGUGGACGACAUGAUCAGACUGGGAGACCUCAACGAGGCCGGGCUCCUCAGGAACCUCCUGGUCCGACACAAGGACGGGAUCAUCUAUACUUACACAGGCUCCAUUCUGGUGGCAGUGAACCCGUACCAGCUGCUGCCUCUCUAUACUACAGAGCAGGUGCAUCUGUACACGGACCGCCGGCUGGGAGAGCUGCCGCCACACGUGUUCGCCAUCGCAGACAGCUGCUUCUUCAACAUGAGACGCAACAAGAAGGACCAGUGCUGUGUCAUCAGUGGCGAGUCUGGAGCAGGAAAGACCGAGAGCACCAAGUUGAUGCUGCAGUUCCUAGCUGCUGUCAGUGGACAACACUCCUGGAUAGAACAACAGAUUCUGGAGGCUAACCCUAUACUGGAGGCCUUUGGUAAUGCCAAAACCAUCCGCAAUGACAACUCCAGUCGUUUUGGGAAGUACAUAGACAUUAACUUCACUAAGGGCGGGGCCAUCGAAGGGGCUAAGAUAGAACAUUACCUCUUGGAGAAGUCUCGCGUCUGCAGACAGGCCCCUGAGGAGAGGAACUACCACAUCUUCUACUGUAUGUUGAUGGGGAUGCCAGCUGAACAGAAGAAGAUCCUGUCUCUAGGCAACGCCUCCGAGUACAACUACCUCACCAUGGGUAACUGCACCAGUUGCGAUGGGCGUGAUGACAUUAAGGAGUAUGCCCACUUCCGCUCGGCCAUGAAGAUCCUGAUGUUCUCUGAGAAUGACUCCUGGGAGAUCAACAAACUGCUGGCCGCCAUGCUGCACCUGGGAAACGUCCACUUUGAAGCCACCAUUUUGAAUAAUCUGGAGAGCUGUGAUGUCAUGACGUCACAUCAUUUCAACAUGGCAGUCAAACUUCUGGAGGUGGACCCCAAGGCCCUGGAGAAGAGUCUGACCCAGCGUUCCUUCAUGACCUCCAGGGAGAGUGUGACCAAACCUCUCACCUCAGCCCAGGCCAUGGACGGCAAAGAUGCAUUUGUCAAGGCCAUCUAUGGUAGGCUGUUUGUCUGGGUGGUGGGGAAGAUCAACAAGGCUGUGUUCAAGCCUCCUCCUGAGGACACUAAAUACGUCAGACAGUCUAUCGGUCUGCUGGACAUCUUCGGCUUCGAGAACUUCAACAAAAACAGUUUUGAGCAGCUGUGCAUCAACUUCGCCAACGAGCAGCUGCAGCAGUUCUUUGUGAAGCAUGUCUUCAAGCUGGAGCAGGACGAGUAUGCCCGCGAGAACAUCGUCUGGAAGCACAUCGAAUACAACGACAACCAGAGAACACUGGACGUGCUGGCCAACAAGUCUCUUAACAUCCUGGCACUUAUCGACGAGGAGAGCAACUUCCCCAAGGGUACAGAUACUACCAUGAUCAACAAGAUGAACCAGGUACAUGGGAAGGGUGAUGUCUACGUUCCCCCUAAAAACAAUCAUGACACCCAGUUUGGAAUCCAGCAUUUCGCCGGGGUGGUCCACUACGAUUCAAAAGGUUUCCUUGAGAAGAACAGAGAUGCUCUGAGCACUGACCUCAUCCAACUGGUGGAGAAAUCGUCCAAUAAGAUGCUAAAGCAGGCAUUCCAGAACGAGCUCUCCUCCAAUGGCGAGAUAGCCAGCGCCAACCCCAAGAUGACCAUCACUCCCAAGAACUCUCUACGGCAGCAAACGGUUGAUGCUAAGAAGCGUGCUCCUACGUUGAGCGGCCAGUUCCGUCAGUCCCUAGACGCACUGAUGAAGACCUUGACCGCCUGCCAGCCCUACUUCAUCCGCUGCAUUAAACCCAACGACUUCAAGAAGCCUAUGCUGUUUGACAGGGAUCUGUGUAUGCGUCAGCUGCGCUACUCUGGGAUGAUGGAGACCAUUAGGAUCAGGAAGGCUGGCUAUCCUAUCCGCUAUACCUUCGAUGAAUUCCUGGAGCGAUAUCGCGUGCUUCUCAAAAGCAGCCUCUGUGACCCCAAAGUGGAAUCGCCACAGAAAUGCGCUGAAUGGAUCUGUGAGACCGUUCUUGCUGGACAAGAUGGUGACUGGAAGACCGGCAAGACAAAGAUAUUUCUGAAGGACUUCCAUGACACUAUGCUGGAGCUGGAGAGAAUGAAGGAGUUGAAUGAGAAAGCCCUUCUGAUACAGAGGGUCCUGCGAGGCUACAAAUAUCGGAGACAGUUCCUGAGACAGAGGUCCUCUGCGCUGGUCAUUCAGAAAAACUGGAGAGGCUACAAAGGCAGAAAGCUCUACAGAGUGGUCCAGCUGGGUUUUGCUCGUCUGCAGGCGAAGGUCCGAGCCCGCCAGCUGCAGCACCACUACCAACAGAAGAGGGUCGCUGCGGUCCGACUCCAGGCACAGACACGGGGGUACCUGGCCAGGAAGGAGUGGCAGAGGAAGAGGCGAGCAGUGAUCCUCUUACAGACGAACACCAGGGGAAUGCUGGCUAGGAAACAAGUGAAGAAGAUGAAGAGAGACAUGUUCCUGUCAGCUAAGGAGCGUCGUGAGGAAGAGUUGGCAGCCCUGGAAAGGCAAAGACGUUUAAACCAGGUUCUCCAGCAGAAGAAAGAGAAGGAGGCCAGCACCCAAUCAGAAUCAAUCACAGCACAGGAAAUGGUGGACGACAUCUUCGGGUUCCUGCCCAAUAUGGUGGGAGGGCAGGAGGGACAAGCUCCUGCUGGAUUCAAGGACCUGGAGAAGCAGGGAGAGCGGACCAGACCAGAGGAGGUGGAUCUGGACGACCUGCCCAUGGUAGAGGACAUCCCCGAGGAGGACUACGACGACCUGGAUGAGUAUUCCUUCUCCAAGUUUGCCUCCAUGUACUUCCAGGGCGCCGCCACGCCAACACACGUCCGCCAGAGGCUCAGACAGCCACUACUCUACCACGAAGACGAAGGAGACGUUGUGGCCUCCAUGACAGUCUGGUGGAUCAUCCUGAGGUUCAUGGGGGAUCUGCCGGAGCCCAAGCUGGUGCAGGGCCAGGGGGCCAGGGGCCUCAGGGGGUCAAACAACUCCCUGGAUCCGGACCUGGCCUUGAGACAGGACAGGAGGCUGAGCCACAUGGUGGGCCUGGAUCAGAGGGUUCUGAGGAACCAGAAAAACCGUAAAGUGUCCACAGUACCAGAGGAACCUGCUCCUAAAGGCAGGAAGGGCUCCACCUUUACAGACCUGCUGUCCCGGAACCGUAAGGCGUCUGCCAAGCCUGAAGAGGUGAUACUGAACAGAAAGGGUUCCUCGGCUGUAGACGCGACGCCCCGAGCCAGGAAGGGCUCUACGUUCACCAACAUGCUGAGUGGGGGCAGAAAGACCUCUUCCAUCCCCGAGGAGGUCCCAGGCUCUCCCUCUAGGGGCAUGAGGAAACCCUCUAUCAUCCAGGAGGAGUCAGAGGAAGGAGAAGAGGUUUCCAAGCCGCCCACUGUGCAAACCAUCAGUGAGGAAGACGAGAUACUGGUAGGAGAGGGACCCACCCUCGACCGGCCAAUGACUGCUCUGGAAAAGCUGCACAGCAUCGUGGGUUACGCCAUCGUCAGAAGAGACCUCAGAGAUGAGAUCUAUUGUCAGAUCUGUAAGCAGCUGCAGGAGAACGGUAACCGCAGCAGUUUCUACCGAGGUUGGAUCCUUCUGUCCAUCUGUCUGGGGAUCUUCCCCCCCACUGAACGCUUUAUCAAGUUCCUUCAGAGCUUCAUCCGCUUCGGCCCGAUGGGCUACGCCCCCUACUGUGCCAAGAGACUGAGACGCACCGUAGCCAAUGGGGUUAGAGGAGAGCCUCCGAGCUGGCUGGAACUAGAGGCGACCAAGUCUAAGAAGCCCAUUGCGGUGUCUGUGACCCUGAUGGACAGUCGUACCAUCAGCCUGCCUGUAGACUCCUCCUCCACCUCCAAGGAGAUCUGCCAGUUACUCUCUGAGAAGGUCUCCCUCAAAGACACCUUCGGCUUCUCUCUCUACGUGGCUAUCUAUGAAAAGGUGUGGUCGCUGGGCAGCGGGCGGGAGCACGUGAUGGACGCCAUCUCCCAGUGCGAACAGGAAGUGAAACGGAAGGGUGGACAGGAGCAGCACGCCCCCUGGCGACUCUACUACAGAAAGGAGAUCUUCACCCCAUGGCAUGACUGUAAAGAGGACUCCGUCAGCACAGACCUCAUCUACAGACAGAUCAUCAGGGGACUACGCUUCGGAGAGUACAAGUGUGACAAGGAUGAUGAUAUAGUCCAGCUGUCAGCAAAACACUUCUACGUUCAGUAUGGAUCAGACUGUAGUCUUGACAACGCUAAGACUGUAGUUCAGGACUGCAUUAACUCUUCUCUUCUGGAGGCCAAGACUCAGGACAAAUGGCUUCAGAUGGUCAGCACUGCCCAUGCUCAGGGUCCAUAUAUCAACUCCAGGCAGAAAGCGGCGGGUGUGAAGGCCGAGGUGGUGGACUACGCUCGACAGAAGUGGCCUUUGUUCUUCUCCAGGUUCUUCGAGGCCGCAAAGUUAUCAGGUCCUGCACUUCCUAAAAACAAGUUCAUUGUGGCGAUCAAUUGGACAGGCAUCACCUUCCUGGACGAGAAGGAGAGGAGACUGCUGCAGCUCUCCUACCCAGAGGUCACUGGGGUCAACACCAUGAGGGAGGGCAAGAAGUUUGGCCAGUCUGUGAGUCUCCUGACUCUGAAGGGAGACUUCUCUCUGAAUGCGGUGAUGGCGGGGAACAUAGCAGAGCUGGUGCAUAUGUUUCUGGGAGGACUGAGGGAACGCUCUCAGUAUGCUGUGGCUCUGCAGGAAGUCAACCAAGACGACCCUACGUUCCUGAGCUUUAAGAAAGGAGAGCUGAUAGUUCUCAUUAAAGACGAUGAGCUGACUGUCGGCCGCGGCUGGAUCAAGGGCAAGAACGAACGCACCGGCAAGACGGGAGCGGUACCCACCGACGCUGUCCUGGUCCUGCCCACUCUCACCAAACCUACCAAUGAAGUCAUGAGUCUUCUUAACCUGUCACCUGACCAGAGGAAGAGCAUCAUGGCAGCCAAUCAGAAGGAGACAGGCACCGUGGAGCGAGUGGCCCCCGUGUCCCUCAAAGAGUUCUCCUAUGAAUACUUCAGGCAGCCCAUCAAGGAUGUGAACCGUCAGGUGAUCUCUAAGAACGUGGCCCCUGAGAGGCUGUGGGUCAAGUCCAGGGAGCCAAUCAAACAGCCCCUUCUUAAGAAGCUGGCGGGGAACUCUGAGCUCAGCCACCGGGCCUGUCUGGCCUUCACCGCUAUCCUGAAGUACAUGGGAGACUACCCCACAAAGCAGAUACAGACUCCUCUAGAGUUGACAGACCAGAUCUUUGGGCCAGCCACCAAGGACGAGGCCCUGAGAGACGAGAUCUACUGUCAGAUCAUGAAACAGAUGACCAGCAACAACAACAGGUUCAGUUUGGAGCAGGGCUGGCAGCUACUGUGGCUGUGCUGUGGUCUCUUCCCUCCAAGCCAGUCGCUGCUCAAACACACCCAGCGAUUCCUGGAGUCCCGACGUCGUGAACCCCUGGCCCCUGACUGUCUACAGCGCCUACAGGGAUCACUGAGGAUAGAGCCCAGGAAGCUGCCUCCUCACCAGGUGGAGAUAGAUGCCAUCCAGCAGAACUCCACUCAGAUCUUCCACAAGGUCCACUUCCCCAAUGACAUGGAGGAGAUCUUUGAGGUCAACACCAGUACUAGAAUCAGGGACCUCUGUCAGACCAUCUCCACCAAGCUCCAGCUGGUCUCAUCUGACGGUUUCAGCAUCUUCGUCAAAACACCGGACAAGGUUCUCAGUCUGAAUGAUUCCGACUACUUCUUCGACAGCCUGAGACAGAUCACUGAUUGGUCCAAGAAAGCCAAGAGUGUCAAAGAGGGAGGAGGACCCAUGAACAUGUCCUACCUCGUGUUCUUCAUGAGGAAGCUGUGGUUUAACGUCAGUCCUGGCAGAGACCUGGAGGCCGAUCUCAUCUUUCACUACCCUCAGGAGCUACCUAAGUACCUGAGAGGGUACCAUCGAUGUACCAAGGAGGACAUGGUGAACAUAGGGGCUCUGCUCUUCAGGGUAAAGUUCAACAACGACAAGUCCCAGUUCGUUCUGAUCCCCAAGAUGCUGAAAGAUCUGGUGCCCAACGACAUGCUGAAGGCCAUGUCCACUACGGACUGGCAGAAGAACAUCGUUGCGGCCUACAACAAGCAGGCUAGUAUGACCAGUGAAGAAGCCAGUCUAGCGUUUCUCAAGGUGGUCUGUCGCUGGCCCACCUUCGGCUGUGCUUUCUUCGAAGUGAAGCAAACAUCAGACCCUAACUUCCCAGAUAUCGUCAGAAUUGCCAUCAGCAAACAGGGGGUCUCAAUCAUCCACCCGAAAACCAAGGAUGUCCUUGCGACUCACCCGUUCAACCGUAUCGCUAACUGGUGCAGUGGAUCCACCUACUUCCACAUCACCGUGGGCAACCUGGUGAAGGGAAACAAGAUCCUAUGUGAAACAUCACUGGGCUAUAAAAUGGAUGAUCUUCUGACCUCUUAUGUCAACAUGUACCUGAACGAGAGGAAAGCAGUUAGGACCAGAAACCAGAGAUACAACGAAUAACACGAGACAUGUAACCAGGUCGUCACUAUCUGGACUCUGGACCAGUUGCAAAGUCGGACGCCCUGCUUAGUUAUACAAUUUCUCUUCGUCAGACCUGAUUUUUAAACCUAACCCUCUACCGUUAACCCACACUACUUAACCUCAUGCCUAACCUGAACCUGAAAGGAAUAGCAUGCUAGCAGAUACCCGUAGACUCCAGUCGUUUAACUAAUGCUAGUUAGUUAGCAUUGGCUCUUGAAAAUACCUCUAACUUCCUUCAUACUGGACAUAGAGACAUACAACAUGGUAUCCACCAGUUCAUCUGACUCCGGGGAAGUAGAUAAAGGACAUCAUUGCCAAAAUCCAGAAAUAUCCCUUUAAAUUUAAGACCGUAUCAUGAAAAUGUCAUACAUUUGUUAUGAUAUAGCCAAUUUUUUGGACUUUGCAGCUUGGUCAUAUAGUGGGAACCAUGGUAACGGGAACAUGUGAGGCCUUGAGCUACUGGGAUGGUAGAAACAUGAUGCAAACUGUGCCUUGAAUUUACAACUAAUGCUCUAACACACACACACACACACACACACACACACGCACACACAAGAUAAUUUUUUCAUUCUAAAUUCAAAAUAUAAUUUGUGCAUUGUAAAAGUUAACUACAUACAGGACCAAUAUACCUAAUUUGAAAUAUGAUGACACAAAACUUUCCACAAAUGUUUUAUACGCCCUGCCACAGGUAAAGGAAGGCAUAACUUAUUUAUAACUGACAAAUAUUACUGAAAUAAUUACUGAAAUGAUUGAUCAUUGAAAUGUUUACAAUUCCGCUGCCAUGUAUCGACUGUCUUCUGAUGAAUAAACAGGUGUUGUCUGACUUCGUGCA